AGACUCCACAAUGCAAAAAAAAAAUAAUAAUUAUAAUAAUUAUUAUUAUUAUAGCAGAAUUAAAUUAAAUAAACAAAUAAGCAGACACAUAAGGCAAAGCCUUGGCCGGCACAUUGAAUUUUUUUAUAAACUCCAAAUGACAUAAGCAUUUUUCCUAAAACUUUUUUUUUAUGAUUUAGAACCUUGUAUUUGUUUAUAGAUUUUUUAGUAGAAAAUUUUAUGGAAAAUUAUAAGUGGUAGCAACUUCUGAAUUUGGUUUUUAAUAGGAGAAAUGUAGAUUUGUAGUAUAAAAAAAAAAUAAAAAAAAAAACCAAACCCACACAAAAGAGAGUCAGAGAGAAACGGACUCGAAAAGGAACCUCUGGAACAAGGUCGGGGCCCAUCACUUUGGGCUGGCAUGAUUAUCUCAUCUACGCAAGAACAUGGACUAGGCCCCAUUUUAAUCAGCAAUUAUAAUCCAGUACAGUAUUGGGCCCUACUCCAAUCAAAACCCCUCUGCCCACCUCUCUUUCUUUAAAUUUGUGGACGCCUGAUUUGACAGUCCAUUUACACGUUUAUGGGUGUGCAUGGCCCCAUGACGUGGGUCUUGCUUAGUCUAACGUGUGUAAAUGUGGGAGUUGAUUGAUUAUACGGCUGAUUAUUGUAUGUGUAAUCUUGAAGUACAUGAAAUUAAUUAGUUAGCAAUACCAAUAUGGUACUGUAAUCGUCUUUUUUAUUUUAAUUUGUUGAAGAAAUGAAAGGUAUCAAUCUACGACUACAUGUGAAUGUGUGUGGCUGGAAAUGGGGAGCACCCGUGACAACUAACUAGCUUAGGUUAGGUAUAUCAGAACAUUAGAUUGGUCCCCGUUAACGCACGUAGACUUUUUGUCUCAAACCCUUUGUAGCCCGCAUCUUUGUCUGCAACAAAUUCAAUGGACAAUGGAAAUGGAUGGCCCAAGCUCAGUGGCUGAUACAUAGUGUCCGGCCACACCCCUAAAAUUUGGAAACACGAUUAUUCAACCAGUGGCGGAGGGAGGUGGAAGGGAGUGUACUAAAUAAGUGUACAAAAACCUCCAGCUAUAUCUAAAAAGCUCUUAGUUCAACAAAAAUUUUCUAUUAAUAUACAAUUUCUUUGUCAUCAAAUGUGUUUAUAAAACGUUUGUGUGUGUUAGGUUUUGCUUGGUGACUAUUUAUUUUAGCUAGUUAUUGAAAUGUCACUUUUCAAUUAUGAGUUACACAAAAUGUAAGUUACAAAUCUUAUAACUAAUGGUUUGAUGAAUGACUAUUUGACUGAAUAUUUUUAAGAAAAUUUACUUAAUAAUUGAAUACAAUGUUAUAAUUUUUUUUCCAUAAAUGGGACCCCACUAAACUUGAACGCUGGCUACGCCACUGUAUUCAACCUAUGAUAGUAGUUUGCGUAUGAGAAAAAAAAAUGUUUAAGUGGUAAUGGGACACCUUUAAAAUUUUGGAAAAUGAUUAUCCAACCUUCCGUAGUAGUUUGCGUAUUGGUACAAAUAAUAUUUAAGUAAUAGUUUAUAUGAUUUCAACUUGGGACACUGCCACUAUUAGUUAAUAUACGUUUCAAUUAUGCUACAACUCAUUUGUUAUUGUGUUUUAGAUCCAAAUAUAAUUCUUAUCUCAAAUUAUUUUCAAAAAAUAACGAUUAAACUCAAUUACGGGAUACCCUUGUCUAGUAGGAUAUGUCGAGAGAUAUUUGUUGUAGCAGUAAAAAACACCGAAUGCAUUUUACCAUUUUACGAAACACGUCUGAACUUUUAAUAUAACUUCUAUUAGUUAGAUAUUUUCAAAUUUAAUAAUUGUUUAAUUUAAUUCUAAUAUUUAAUUUAAUUUUUUUAUAGAGGACACCCCUACGUAGAAUUCCUGGAUCCGCCACUGCCCAAGCUAUUGCUAGCUUAAAAAGGAGAAUAAUAAGUUUUGAUAUUAUGUAAUAAGCUCGUUCUCAUAAUUUAAGUUGUCAGGAGAAGUUUAUGUAUAAUACUUAAUCACUUUUUUCGACGUCUGCUCAAACCAAAGCUAACUAAUUGGCUUGAAAUUUGCAUAUGCUUGAAUACCAUAUGCCCAUAACAAAUGAGAUGGACUAAAUUCGAUUCGAACGAAAGGCCUUUCAAUAACAGAAGGAUAUGAUACAAUGUCAUAAACCAAUUGGCAGUGGCAAAGGCAGGAAUUUAGCUAAGGUGGGUCGUGCGUAAAAUUUAACAAUAUAUAGAUGGUAAGCGUAGUGUAUGUGUGGCGUCUAAUAGAUGUAUGCAUUCACACUUAUUAAAUGUCUUUGAUAUAUUUCGACGAAUCAAAACCAUUGAUAAUUAUUUUUUAAAUUAAAUAAUUAAAUAAUUGUUGAUGCCAAGCUAAAAUAGCCGACCUCGAACGUUGUAGAGUCUGAAGAGCGUUGACCUUUUGAUUUGCCGUUGGAUUCCAGCUCUCGAGAUGAAUACCUGCAAAAGAGGACCCGCCGGUUGUGGUCGGCUGGGACCUUCUCCAAAGCUCAAGUCAGUACUUAGAAAUAACUGGGAGCGGCGUAUAGAGCCGACUCUAGGGGAGAAAGAAGAGAAAUGGGGUUGGAAGUUGCCAAUUCGCCGAGAAGAAGUUUGUCGGAAAUUCCCCUUUUCCUAUCUCGUUCAGAGAAAAUGAGUUCCCUGGAAUUGAGAUGGAUUGUCGAGGAAACAGAAAUGAACGACCUAUUUAUAGGCGCGUCUUGCUCUUGGAGGGGUGGCGUAUCCUUUAUCAAUAGUGAUUUAAAAUAUAAAACAACAAAUGAAGUUAACAACUUAAUUAAAGGUUACUUACCUUGAACGUGUAAGUGAAUGCAUAUGGCUAGCAAAAUAAAAUGUCAAAGCUCACCAUACUUGCUUCCACGUAUAAGAAUAUGGGAUGGGCAUAGGAUGAAUUAUUAAAAGGGUUAGUGGUAAAAAUGACAUCUUUAGUCUCAUUAGCUCCACGUGUAAUUGGUUUGUUUAGGGUAAGUGGGAGACUAAGCUUAUGACUAAGUUAGUUCACAUACACGUGUAACAAGGAAAAAUAAGCAUGUUGAUUGUGUGCUUUAGGGUAAAUUCUCCAACUUCUUAAGUCUUAAGUAAGUGAGAAACACACUUGGUUUUCUACUUGUCAAGGAGUAGCACGAGGUGGGAAGCUAAGCGAUCAUUAUUUAGACCAUGCAAUGAGAAGUGGGGGAGAUAACUUGUCACAUUGCCCUUUCUCUUCCACUUAGCUUAAUAUUAGGAAUGUUGUCUUAUUGGAUAGAGGGUGGCUUAUAAUUAAAUGGUGGAUAAAAUUAACUUUUACCAUACCACUUUUGACUAUGUUAACAUGGUAUACAAAGGGUGAUGGGGUGCUUGACAUCACCUGAUAACUCACCCAUCUCAUGCAUGUAUCUAUCUUUGCAAUUUCCAUGGUUAUGUAAUGGGGUUUGUUGGGUGAGAGAUGUUGGCUUUAUAUGACACAUUUCCCUGCGUGGCCAUGUGGAAGAAAUAUAGAGAAAAUGGAGCUUUAGAAUAUCCACGUGGUUGAUCCUAAUGAAAAGGGAGUACACCGGGUGAACAACCUUUUACCCUGUUUUGCUCUCCCUUCACAGCAAUGAAGAGAAGACUUCUCACCUGGCCACGUGGAGUAACUUGGGGUGAUUUUGGGGAGGUGUUAUUUGGUUGGGCUCAAAGAGAAGUGGUGGUAAAAUUAACCUUCAAUCUUCCACAGAUCCACAUGUAGCUAAUAGGGUCUCCACUCCAACUAAUUAAUCUGAAUAGUUCUUACACAUGUAAAUGUAAAAGUGAUUCGUGUACAUGGAUUGGUGGGUAAUUGGCACAUCAUCUUUACGUGGCCAUGUGAGGAGGUUAUUCCUAUUACCAUGGAGCAAGGUUGUCAAACCGGUUUUUGCCGGUGUGCCGGUUUUGUAAGUGGAAUGGUCUGACCGUGGUACAACCAGUAUUCAUGCCGGUUGUGCCGGUUUUAAUAAAAUACAUGAGGAAAAUAGAAAUCCUCAAUUCCAAAUAAAUUAGUCAUGAAAUAGCAAUUAGAAGAAUUAUUUCACAGGAAAUAAUUUAUAGCUAAGAAUUGGUAACUAAUACUAAAAAUUAGAUGCUUAAAAGUAAAAUUUUAUUAAAUGAAUUUUAUUAAUAUUUAUAAUGAUUUGUGUAAAAUUUAGUAUUAGAUAUUCAACGAAAAAAAAAAUUUAGUAUUAGAUAUAUAACAUAUAAGGUUAAUAUAGACAACAAAAUUGCUUGUAGCCUACGAGUGUGUAAGUUAAACUAAAAUGAACAUGAGGUACUUGGUUCAAAUCCUAUGGAAGAUGUUUAUUUUUGGAUAUAAUGUGUGUAACAUUAAAUUUUGGUUUCUGGUCUAACCGGCCGGAAUUUCCGGAUUUGACCGGAUCUGACCGGCAUUGACCGGAUUUGACCACAAUUAAAUAUCGGCCCCUUUCCGGCCGGUUUGCUGACCGUUGGACCCGGUUGUACCGGCCGACAUGAAACCGGUUUGACAACCAUGCCCUGGAGUGAAUAAGGAGAGUUUUAUGGG